GACGUCACCGCAACGAGUCUCUCAUUUGGUUUGUGGGGGAAUCAGUCGCCAAAGGCAGCUUCAGGCAGCGAACGAGGAGUUUUGCGGCAGCGGCGGCUCGUGGACGCGGCGGCGGAGUAAUGGCCGGGGAGGAGACGGCGUCGGGCUCCAAGCCGCCGGCGGCAGCGACGACCAUCCGCCUCGUCAACUUCAUCUCCGAGGACCAGCUUGACGAGGCGAAGCGGACGAGAGGGGAGCGGGCGGACGACGGCACCGCCCAGCGCGACAAGCCGCUCUUCCAGAUCCUGCAGGAGAACAAGGAGAAGAAGGAUGCCGAGUUCAACGAGCGGUUCAAGCACAGACCUCCAAAAGCCUUGGAUGAAGAUGAGAUGGAGUUUCUUGACAAACUUGCAUCAUCAAGGAAGGAAUAUGAGCAGCAGGUGGCUAAUGAAGAAGCUGAACAACUCCGCAGUUUCCAAGAGGCGGUCGCGGCCCGGUCUAAUAUUAUACAUGAAGAGGCUCCUACAGUCUCGAGACCAGAGGAGAGCAAGCCUAAGGCAAAAAGGAGCCAACCUGCACUCCUGAAAAAUGUAAUAAUUUCGGUGAAACCACAAGCGAAGAAAGCAAAGUUAGAUGGGGAAGAUAAGCCUCCUGCGAAGGAGCUUCCUUCAAAUGGGCACAGUGCAGAUCACAAGCCCCCAGAUGCCACCAAGGGCGUGCUUGGUUCUCUGGUGCAGUAUGAUGAUGAUGAAAGCAGUGAUGGGGACGUAUGACAACUGUAACAGAGCAACAGUCUGAGGUUUUGCUGGCUGGUGUCUGGCAAAAAUAUGUUUUUUCCUGUUUUCCCUGUGCAUUAAUAUCCAUGAUUUUCUUGUAGCGUGUGAAUUUAUUGUCAGCGGUGAUGAUAAUUUGAUAACGAAAACAAUACUAAUGCACGAAUACACUUAUAACCCUGGUGUUUUUUUUCCCAGUUCUACCUGGGUUGCACAUAGUUGGGGACAUUUUUCAGCUGCGAAAAA